AAACUCACUUUUCAGUGUGAAGUGUGAAGAGGAAGGAGAGCCUGCAGAGCGGUUACCGACUCCGAUCCACUUUCUCCGGCGAUUCUCACGGGAUUUCAAUGUUCAGCCUGUUUUUUUGUUUCUGUGUAGAUUUGGGCCGCACAUUUAUGGCGUUUGUGAGCGGAGACUUCUGCCAGGCACAGCACCUCUCCUUUGAGAACAAGUGAAUCAUCAGCCCCCUGCGGGACUACGCUACCCAGAAACCCCCCUGACAGCAAACACACUGGGCCUUGUGUGUUUCUCAUUCUCUCUCAUAUCCCCCUGGGAUCAAGCAUAGUCCUCAGCCUGAGCUCAAACGAGACCUCCCUCCCUUCCCUGCAGCUUUCUGUCUGUACAGUCAGUCAGAAACACCUCUCCUGAAUGGGGUAAUCUACAGUUGUCUCAUUGGAUGACUGAAGGCCGUCUCGCCAACAUGAACCGCCCUGCCGCUGUUGAAAUUACCUAUGAGUGCAUGAGGUUCCUCAUCACGCAUAACCCCACCAACUCUACCCUCAACAAGUUCACUGAGGAGCUGAAGAAGUUUGAGGUGAAUACACUUGUGCGUGUGUGUGAGGCCACAUACGACAAGGCACCUGUAGAGAGGGAGGGCAUCCAAGUCCUGGACUGGCCCUUUGAUGAUGGAGCUCCACCCCCCACCCAGAUUGUUGAUGAUUGGCUAAACCUCCUGAAGACUAAAUUCCGAGAUGAGCCAGGAUGCUGCAUUGCUGUCCACUGCGUGGCGGGAUUGGGCCGGGCACCUGUAUUGGUAGCCUUGGCCUUGAUAGAGAGUGGGAUGAAGUACGAGGAUGCGGUGCAGUUUAUACGACAGAAGAGACGUGGAGCCUUCAACUCCAAACAGCUUCUUUACCUCGAAAAAUACAGACCUAAGAUGCGGCUGCGGUUCAAGGAUGCCAACGGUCACAAUUGCUGCAUCCAGUAACAUGUCAGUUGUACACAACUAAUGGGAAAUUUUGCCUAGGGGAGAAAGUACAUGCCGUGGGUAAUUAUUGUGAUGAUGAUUUAUACUCUGAGUCAUGGCUAAUCGAUCACAGAGAUGUAAUGAAUGAAAGCUAUUCUGUGGAUUCACCAGCUGUAUGAAUGAAAGAGGUCAAAGCACACAGAUAAGCCUGGCCUUCUGGUUAUCAAUGUACCAGUACCAGGCUACAAUAAACAAGAUGUGGCCCUUCUGAUCUCCCAAUUGUCCAAACUUGGGAUAGCUUUUUAUUUUUAAUUGUUUUGAAAAUUAUGAUUUCAACCAUGGUGAAAGUAUUUACAGUUGUGGAAUGCUGAUGAUGCUUUUGAUUAUGAUGAACAUCACUGUUGUAAUUGGAAAAGAUGAUGUGCAUAGCUUAAAAAAAAAAAAAGUCACAAGAUAGUACCUUGUUUUAUUAAAACAACAACUCUUAAGUUGUUCAGAGGAACCGGAGCAUUCUUUGGAAAUACAGUGCUGUUCUCCCCCUUCCUUGAAGUCACUUUUAAUUUAGGGUCAGGCUGGGUUUAAAUGUCAACUGUAUUUAUUCACUAUAAUUAGUGUGUCUUGUCAGGAGUACGGUCGGGGCCAGGGCACUUUUUUUUUUUCUUCCUAAUGGAGCCAUGUUAUCUUCACUUUUGUUUUCUGAAUCUUUGGGGAGUGCAAUAUUCAGUCCAGCUUAGAGAGCAGUCAUCUUUAGGACCGUCCUACAUAUGCACAUGUGUGUACACACAAAGGAGGAUAUGCAGCAAGUUUUAGGUACUUUCUCACUCGCCGUGUCUGCUCACUUCUUGCUAGUGGGUCAGUAAAAGUCUUUGCUAUUGGCCAGACUGUCAGUACAUGUAUACACACACAUACACAUGCACACAAACUUGCUGUGACCCCACUGUUCAGCUCAUAGGCACACUCAAGGAAGUGACACGUGGGAGACUGAUUUUUAUUGUUUUGUUUUCGUUUUGUUUUUUAAACUUUUGCCCACAUUUUGAAAAUAGCCCCUCUUGGUUUUAAAAUGAAUAAAUGAAUUUAAAUGAAA